UAAAAGGCGUAAUGAGGUCAACGCUCCAGAUUCAGACUUGCGAACUCCAUCGACUUCAAUAAAGUUUGAUCAUCUUCAUCUCCAUUCGAGCCAGUCUGUAUGCAAAUGGAUUUUCGUGAUCCAAUGGCCGUUUGUAACUAUCGAGUGUUUCUCAGCUUCAGAGGACCAGAUACGCGCCAUAACUUAGUCGAGUACCUCUACGACAAGCUCAGACGCCUGGGGAUUGUGGCAUUCUUAGACCGCGAAGAGAUCCAGUACGGUGAAUGUAUCGGUAGCAAGAUCAAGGAAGCCAUCAAGCGCUCCGACAUCUGCGUCCCUAUCUUCUCCCAAGACUUCGCUUCCAGCCCAGCUUGCCUGAUGGAAGUGACCCAAAUGGUGGAGUCACAUAAAGAAAUUCAUCCCAUUUUCUUCUUCGUCGAGCCCUGUGAUGUUCGCCACCAGCGGGGAACAUAUGGAAAGUCCUUCGCCAAGCACAAGAGCAAAAACAGUUAUCCCGAGUCAACCAUCAAAAAGUGGGAGGAUUCUCUGAAUGAGAUUGCUCAUAAAAAGGGGCUGGAAUUCAAGAAGGCUGCUCUGGAGGCUGCCCUAAAGGAUGGUCUGGAGGCUUCUCUGGGAGAGAAUGGUGUUAUAAAGGGACCGGAAUUCAAGAAGGCUGCUCUGGAGGCUGCUGUUGGUGGUAUAAAGGGACGGUUUUACGACGAUCUCUUCGGCGGGUUUCGAGAACUAGAGGAUUUCAUUUCAGAACUUUGGAAACUCUUGAAAAUGGAUGAGCAAGGAUUGGCUAAAAAUUUGGUUGGAACAGAGAGAGAUGUGCCAGAGAUGAUGCGAAAGCUUGGUUUCGAUUAUCAGAAUGGACAAAUUGUCAAAGAACGGAAGAUGACAGUGACAGCGAGAUGGGUUCUUGUAGUGUGGGGUCUGCCUGGGGUUGGCAAAACCACUCUCGCAAAGGAGGUAUACAGCAAAAUCCGUCACCUCUUUGAAGGUUGUAGUUUUCUUGAAAAUGUUCGGGACAACUUUGAACAGAAAAGAGUAGUGUCUCUGCAGAAGAAGUUGAUUCGUGAGCUCAAGAGAGGAGAAUGUCCCGAAGUGGAAUCCUUCACUGAAGGUACCACAGUGAUAAAACACCUGUUCCAAAAAAACAGAGUUCUCAUCGUACUAGAUGAUGUGGACGACUUUGAACAAAUCGAACCAUUGGCUAAGGAGCUAACUUGGUUUGGUCCGGGAAGCACAAUCAUCCUCACAACCACAAAAGAAGAUGUUUACAAGGUUCGGAAAAGCGAGGAACAAGACAUUUUCUAUGAGCAUGAGCAUGAGGUUAAACUUAUGGAUGAAAAACAUGCUUUUGAACUUUUCCGUGAGUGUGCUUUUGGAAAGAAUGAUCUCCCAAAGGACCACGAGAAAAUGUCAAAAGAAAUCAUAUCUGCUGUCGAUUAUCUUCCAUUUGCUAUUGAUUUUGUGGGAAGGUCUUUGUAUGGGGAGAGCGAAAAGGAAUGGGAGCGGACUUUGGGUGAGUUGAAGGCAAAGCUGAUUGACAAAGUCAAAAAAAUGUUGUUGGCAAACUAUGAACUUUUGAGCUAUGAGGCAAAACAAGUAUUCCUUGACAUAGCAUGUUUCUUUACGGGAAUUGAAAAGACAAUGCCCUGUCACAUGUGGGCUGCACGUGGCCUAGGUAGAGGUGUUGAAGAGCUUAAGAAAAAGUCCUUUCUAAAAAUCAAGGAAGAAAAGGAGUUUUGGAUGCAAGGCCAACUAAUAUUGCUGGGAAGAGAAAUUGUCGAGGAGGAAAAUCAUGAUAAUCCUAGGAAGCGCAGCAGGCUGUGGGAUUACAAGGAUGUCCAAAAAAUAUUGCGGGAGAAGAAGGGUAUAUACAAGGUUAUAUCUCUUCGAGUAGCCUCCAAUUUCAAACGAAUUGAUGGUGAAGCAUUUCGUCAUCUAUCGAAUCUGAGGUUUCUCGAGUUGGACAAAGUUGAUAUUGAAGGAAAUCCUGAGAAUAUUCUUCCUAACCUAGAAUGGCUUGAUUGGUGUGGGUGCCAAGAGAAAUCUAAGUUGUUUGCAUUCGAUAUGGAAGACCUGGUAAUUCUCAACUUAUGUUCAAGUUCAGUCCAAUUGAGUUUGAAAGACUGGGAACAAUUGAUGGAGAAGGCUCAGAGUUUGAAAGUCUUGAACCUAAAAGAUUGUACUUGGAUCAAUGCAUCUCUGAAUUCCCUGCUUCAAGGCAUUUAAAAUGCUUGAUCGUGGAAGGUUGUUUAUAUUUAAAGCCAAAUGAAACCAUUUCUAAUUUUGAGAAUUUAGUUUCCUUAAACAUGAAGCAUUGCAAAUGGGUUAAAGAUUUGCCGCAAGCGCUGCUAUCCA